AUGGAUGAGGGAGGCAGGCGGUGGGGUUCCCCUGAUCUACUGCAACCAACAAUUGCACCCGUUGCCGGCAAGCGCAGCUCAUCUCUGCUACAGGAAGCCGGAUAUCGUCUCGAAGGGGCCCAAUGCACAUUUUCAAAUGGCAGCAGAGGUAUUAAAGACAUAACAGACAGCUAUGCCCAGGUAGACUGGACCCCGUGGGACUGCUGCCGCUGCGCAGCAGAAACAAGGGACGCAAUGCUCGAAAAUGUAGCCAACGCAUUUGGCCGUUACGCCCUCAUAGUGUACAAACACCCGAAAAAGUUUAUCAUUUUCAGUGCCCUGUUAUGUCUGGGACUAUCUGUCGGCCUUGUUUUCAAGCAAAGCACAACUGACGGCGUUGUGCAGUACACAAUUCCCCAGAGUCAGGCACAAAAGGACGCGGAUGAGUUCAGAAUGUUAUUUCAAGGCAACGUGACACGCAGCGAAGUAAUUCUCAUUGCAUCAAACGACGGACAAAGCAAUCUCUUGGAAGCUUCUUUCUUGAAUGCAGUUUGGGAUAUGCAUAUGAGAAUUCUGGACUUGAAAGUUACAAACGAAGGCGACAGAGAUGGGCUUGCGGAAGCCGCAGUCGCUGUGGCUGAAAUUGGUGACACCCUUGAACUUCCGAAAAGACGGCUGCAGGAAUCACAGGAAUCAAGUUUGUAUCCCGCAGACCUGCAAACCGGCAUGGCAUUGCGAGUAGAGGGGAUGAUCGAAGAGGAGAGAGGUGCUCCUCAGAUGCAGCCCCGAAGUCUCGCAUGGGGUGACCCAGCAGCGGCAGUGCAACAGCAUUUCGUACAGCAGCAGCUUAGGCAGCAACACAAUCAGCAGCAACUACUUUUGCCGCCACAGUGGCCUAUGACAGGAGGCGGACGCCGGCGGCGUGAAGCGUAUGCUGCUGCAGCAGCUGCUGCACAAGCGCAGGAGCAACAUGUGUUGGGGCUCCCACAAGAGACAGAAACCGUCUGUGAUCCUGAGAAGGAGCUGCCUAGAGUUCGCAUAACAGGUUUAGGAUGCCGGCAGCCUUUAGGUCCUGGCGAAUACGGCUUCCAAAAUCUCUGUCACAAGGAUUCAACUGGGGCCUGCGAGGCGCCCGAUGGUGUAAUAUUUGUCUACACUCACAGGCGGGAAUUCGGAAGCAUGUUGGAGUACCCGUUACACACUUCAUUUUUGUUGGCUCGCGCCUUCCCAACAGAUAUGCUGCUCUCCCGUAGCGGCCUUCGUUUGACUCCUUCGGGCCGCUACGCUACUGCAACUGCGGCAUUGUCCAUAAGGUAUCAGAUCUCAGACGAUGCGAAGCUACGCCCUUACGCACUGCGAUGGGAGCGGAAGUUGCAGGAGUUGCUGCAGCAAGAGAGACUCCCGGGUGCCCACAUGGGACUCAAAACCGAGAGAAGCCUCUCGGAUGAGCUGGCAGCGAGCUCUUCAGCUGGCCCUGGGGGCGAGGCCGUUCUUGUGGCUGCUGCGGGAUCUCUAAUUGGAAUGUAUGUGUGGGUGGUAAAUUUCUCUAGGUCUCAUUUACGGUCUAAAGCAACGGUGGCUCUUACGGGGGCCGGCGCUGCACUCCUCGGAUACCUCGGGGGUGCUGGUAUGUGCUUCAUGUGUGGAGUAGUCAGCACCGGGACAGCUGCUGCUGCACCGUUGCUGGUUGUGGGCAUUGGGGUUGACGAUACUCUGGUCCUUCUGCAGUCAUAUAGCCUGACAGUGCACAAAAGAUCGGCAGCGGAUAGGCUACAGCUGACACUGCGGGACAGCGGCGUGGGUAUAACUAUAACGACACUGACGAAUCUUUUGACAUUCGGCAUUGGCGCUUUCAGUCCUUAUCUCGCAAUUCAGAGCUUCUGCCUUCUGUGUCUCGCUGGCCUCUUCCUGGGCUACGUAAUGUGUCUUACCUUUUUCUUGGGCUUCCUUGCUUUAGAUGCUCGGGCAGAAGCAGCAGGUAGGGUGAUGGCAAUUUUCAGGUGCUUCCCCAUGGAGAUCAUGCGAGACUCCGCGCCUACCAAAACAGCAGACCCAGCAGCAGCACAGUGGCAGCAGCACCAGGAAGGUCAUCGGAAACAAGGGAAACCAAUGCGCACUAUUAAGGGACUGCCCACUUUGCAGUAUGUGGACAGGACGAGGCUCCCAGGCGCGGAUGCCUCCGCAUUUUCAGCAUGCGCUAGCGACAUCUUUCAGUGCAUCACGAUGCAGGUUGAGGCUGCACUCCAGAGACAGCAGCAGCAGAGAUUGAUCGAGGCGGAAACUCGCCGCAUGAGGAAACAGCAGACUUCAAAGAAGAAACAGAGGAAAGAGGCAACCCGAAAGCGCAAAAAGGCCGUAAAUGCCUCUAUAACUAGCACAGCCUCAGAAUUUGAGGGGAAAGACAGAGACAAAGGGUGUAGCGAAUCUGAUAGCUUCAAGCCUAAAAGGCCCCCUAGGGCAAGAACCAGGAAACAACCACCCAGAAAAAGCGCCAUGCAAAGAAAGAAAACUGCAACGGCGUCUCGAUCAAAGAAUGGCAGCAGCAGCAGCAGCAGAAAGGAAAAAAAUGGAAGUAUAAAGAGCAGCCGCAGUUCCAGCAAGAGAAUGCAGAAGCAGCAGAGACAGAAAAAGGCUAAGGCCCUUAGACCGGCACUUAAAGGCCGCCGUCAAAAAGCGCAGCAAGAACAGUCUGCCAAGGAAGGCGCAGAUCAGGAGCAUCACGUUGGAUCUAAGGAAAUGCCUCCAGGAAAUAGCAAGACAACUGGUGAACCUUCAGAAAAGAACUUAAAUAGCAAGGAUUUGAAAACUACUGGAGUAUCCGUACGCCUGGUUAGACCACGCAGAACAACAGUGCAUUUCUACAGAAAGACAUCCACCGUACCUCCGACAGCCGACGGAGUGCAGAAAUUGCAGCAGCAGCAGCUGCAGCAGAGCCGCCAGCUGGACGAUGACUGGAAGGACCAGAUGGUGGUGAACUUGUGCAUGGGUUCUGGAUCCGCGGUGGUUGCUGCUGCUGCGGAGGCCGCCGAGGCAGCUUUUAAUACAACAGGGCGAAGCUGGUCAGGCGAGCGCAUUGCCCGCCUGCAGCUACUGCAGCGACUUGGUAGCGACGGUAUCGCCGAGCCCCAGGGAAACGUAGGCAGGGGUUUACGGAAGGUGCUUGUCCAUUUUGGAGCUCGCCUCCUCAUGAAUCCCUUUUUUAAGCUUAUGCUCCUUGUCACUUUUGCUGCUGUGCUCGUGAGCGCUAUAAUUGGCUGCUUCAAAAUUACUGCUGGACUCGAUCCUCGGAGCCUUACCAAAGACGGCACAAUGCUGAAAAAAUUCUUUGAUAUGCAAGAAAAGUACUUUGGGACAUAUGGGGACCCCGUGAUGGUCUUUUUUAGUCAUCCUGAAAACGUGUGCUCUGCAGCCUUCAGAGUGGAAUAUCAGAAGCUCCACGAGCGUCUCAAGCAGCGGAGCUACACAAUGGAAAUGCAAGACGGCCUCUUCUUGUUUCUGCAAUCGCCCCUUGCCCGUAACGUGCCAGAACAGAGCGCAACGACUUGCAUGCAAAUGCUGUAUGCAUGGCUGCAGACGCCAUUUGGUUCUAGCUUCACAACAUUCUUUUCGUGGAGUAGCGGUUUCAGACUGCGCGCUUGGGCGUUGGUACUGGUGCCCAAGUACUUUUCUAGCACCCAAGAGAACAGCAACUUCAUGCAUCAACUUAGGGCUGAUUUAGCGCAGUUUCCCAUGUUGAGAGGAGCGGCGUAUAACCGCAAUUUCGUUUAUUUCGAAAGCGACGAUGCGAUCUUGCCGCAAACAGUCAGUAGUUUGGCCACUGCGGGCUGCGCCGUGAUUGUUGUUUCAUUGUUUUUGCUGCCGUCACUUCGAGGUGCUUUGCUUGUUGUCUUCGUGCUGCUUAUUAUCGACAUAGUGAUAUUGGGGUUCAUGGCUCUAUGGGGCCUACCACUCAACUUGCUGACCAUGGUGAACCUUACAAUUUCAAUAGGCUUUUCCGUGGAUUACGCAACACACACCACUCAUGCAUUCUGCCACUGCAUGGGACAAAAAAGAGGUCUACGCGCCUUUGAGGCCGUUUUGCUUGUCGGGGGUCCUUUACUACACGGAGCUCUCUCUACGCAGCUGGCUGUGGUGCCAUUGGCGUUCGUAGACAGCCCUGUGCUUUCUGUUUUUUUCAAAAUGACAACGCUGGUAAUAAUUGUGGGAGUGACCCACGGGCUCAUGUUGCUCCCCGUGCUUCUUUCCCUCAUUGGCCCUCUCCAGCAAUCGCAGCAGAAGGUGGUUCAACAAUUGCUAGCACUGCAAAAGCAGUACCAGCAGAUAGAAGAGCAGAUUGUCGCCUGCGGAGGUAGCAGAGCCAACCCAAGGUUACGGAAACAGCGCAGGGCUAUUCGACGCCUCAUAGAACAGCAGGAACAACCUGCCGAGACAGCUAGGGAUGCCUGUUUCGAAUUCCUUAAGGGUCUCUGUCCUAACCACCCUAAGAACGUAUUUCUAAAGAGUAGAUAUGUUCGCCGCUGGGUUAUGUCGAAGUGA